ACACACUCAGCGACACAACAAACAGCAACUAGCAAUCAUCUAGCCGGUUCAUCGCUUGUUGCAGCAUCUCCUUCGUGCACCUUACACGGCUGUCUAAUGGCAACCAUGAUGACCAUGAGUUCCUUCGUCGGUGCCGCCGUCCUGCCGCGAGGCUCGGCUGGUGGCUUAGGCGCCCGGUCUCUGCCAGCGCAGGACCGACGUGCCCUCGUCGUCAGGGCACAAACCGAGGGCCCGAGUGCACCACCGCCAAACAAACCCAAGGCGAGCACCUCGAUCUGGGACGCGAUGGCCUUCAGCGGCCCUGCGCCAGAGCGCAUCAACGGGCGGCUAGCCAUGGUGGGCUUCAUGACGGCGCUCGCGGUGGAGGCAGGCCGAGGCGAUGGGCUCCUCUCGCAGCUUGGCAGUGGCACUGGGCAGGCGUGGUUCGCCUACACCGUGGCGGUGCUGUUCAUGGCGUCGUUGGUUCCGUUGCUCCAGGGUGAGAGCGCCGAGAGCAGAGCCGGCGCCAUCAUGAACGCCAACGCGGAGCUCUGGAACGGACGCUUCGCCAUGCUUGGCCUCGUCGCUCUGGCGGCCACCGAGAUCAUCACCGGCGCGCCCUUCAUCAACGUGUAGAAUAAACUAGCAUUGUUGUCCACCGGAUAACACAACCUGGACUUACCUAGUAGGGCAUGUAUUCUUUGUAAGUAUAUAUAGUACUUGCUAAUUAAAGAAGAUUCAUCUUUCUUUUUUCUCA